AUGCGUACGAUACAGAAACCCCAGAAGCCUCGCAAGUUUUCGGCUCCACCGUCGAAGCAUCACAACAAACGCAUGGAUGAAGCUGCUGCACAAGAUAGCCACCUUGGUCCCGCACUUAAGACCUUGUUUCUCGGUAUCUCAGCAGCAGAACUCGAAGACCAUACGGUCGCAAUAUCGUUAGCUGCCCACGACACGACAUAUCUUGUGGAUUUCGCCGUCGAACAUCUGCAACUGAGUGGAGACAGGAAAGCGAAAGACGUGAUUGCGGAUUAUGUCAUCAACUCGGUACAGAAGUACGAGCAGGAACAUUAUGUCAAGAUGAUUGGUGCAGGUCUACCUACGACGAUCAAGGACCUGAGCCCUACGCUCUGUUCCCGUCUAUGGCUGGACGUCGAUGUCAUUCCCAUCGUUAUCCGCCCGGAUUACAAUUCUGAACAGCCAUCUUUCUGGCAGGCCAAACAUGUCGACGAACAAGCCGACUCAAUGGCCCGCAAGUGCGUCAUGUGCUUCGGUCCAUCGUUCGUUCCUCUGCUCCAGGUCGGUUGGCAAGGUUCCGUGCAGGUUGAUUCAGCUUUCAAGGCUCAAAUCAACUCGGCUGAAGACCACCAGAAGACAGUUGGUGAGACCACGUGGAAAGCUGUGAACCACUUCGCAAGCACGCUCAAACAGAACAAGACCAAGAUCGCAUUCUUCAGUUCAACGCCUCAGGGAGGAGGUGUAGCAUUGAUGAGACAUGCACUCGUUCGGUUCUCAAAGCUUUUGGGUGUUGAUUUGAAGUGGUAUGUGCCAAAGCCGCGUCCAGGCGUGUUUAGAUUCACGAAGAAUAUGCACAAUAUCCUCCAAGGAGUUGCCAAGCCUGAUCAGCGCUUAUCUGACGAAGAGAAAGAAACAAUCAGGGGCUGGAUCACCGACAACGCCUUCCGGUAUUGGCUAGCUGAGGGUGGUCCCCUGCGACCGCCGGAGGAAGGCGGAGCAGAUGUAGUAGUGAUUGAUGACCCGCAAAUGCCCGGACUCAUUCCGCUCAUCAAAGAAAUCACGCCUGAUCGGCCAGUCCUUUACCGAUCGCAUAUCCAGAUUCGCAGCGAUCUUGCGGCCAAGUCUGGCUCGCCACAGGAAGAUGUAUGGAAAUUCUUGUGGAACGACAUCCAAAAGGCCGAUAUGUUUAUCAGUCACCCCAUUCCAGCAUUCGUGCCGGAGAAUGUCCCACGAGAGAAGGUUGUCUACUUGCCGGCAACCACGGACUGGCUUGAUGGCUUGAACAAGCCAAUCAAUAAGUGGGAUAGCGGCUACUACAAUCACAACUACAAUCUUCAGUGCAAGUCUCAACAGAUGACCGAGCUUGGUUUCCCAGACCGGAAGUACAUUGUCCAGAUUGCUCGUUUCGAUCCAGCGAAGGGUAUUCCUACCGUGAUCGAUUCAUACGCAGAAUUCCGCAAACGUGCAAAGUCUUCCGGCCUCAAAGACGUACCACAACUUGUUAUUGCCGGUAACUCUUCCGUCGAUGACCCAGAUGGUAAUAUAGUCUACGACCAAGCGCUUGACCAGAUCGAGUUGCACUAUUCGCACCUCGCCAAGGACAUAAGUGUGAUGCGACUGGACGCAAAUGACCAGUUGCUUAACGUCUUGAUUGCGCAAGCUCACGUGGUACUGCAGCUUUCGACUCGAGAGGGGUUCGAGGUCAAAGUUUCAGAAGCACUCCAUGCAGGCCGGCCCGUCAUUGCCACCCUCGCAGGCGGCAUUCCGUUGCAGGUCAAGGACAAGAAGAAUGGAUUUCUGGUCAAGCCGGGUGACCAUAAAGCCGUUGCUCAACAUCUGUAUGACCUGUUUGCAGACAAUGAGCUUUGGAAGAAGAUGAGUGAGGGUGCCAGGACAGGUGUUAGCGAUGAAGUUAGCACGCCUGGAAAUGCCCUCUCUUGGUACUACUUAGCAGCCAAGUGGACUGAGGUUGCUGGUAGUAGUAGUAAGACAACUUUAAAGGGUGAUGAGAAGUGGGUCAACGAUAUGGCUCGCGAGGAAGCAAACAUUCCCUAUGAGGUGGGCGAGAAUCGUCUGCCACGCUCCUACACUCAGCACAGCAAGCGACCACUCACACACAACGGCAAAUGA